AUGAGCCAUUCUAAUACCACGAGCGUCAAACAGACUCCACCAGGGUCGGAUGCUACCCUUGUCACCGAAUUCACCGAGCCCGCCAGCGAGCCGGGCAUCACGACGAUCGAUACCCUCUCGGAGGAAGCUUCCUAUCGUGAGGGACGGAGCACUCCUGCGUCAAUGAGCACGCACAGCACUGUCACCGCCACUCCCGGGGAGAUGGCCCAGGCGCCCUUACGCGGUAGCGAAGCGCGUGCGGGCACGUCGCCCAAUGAUGCCAUCCCUGGAGCCUGCAAUUCAUCUCUGACAGCAAGGAUGUCGCUCGACCCGCAUCGAGGACAAGACUUGGACGACGCAAGCUGCGGGUCCAGCGGUGCCGAGUCUGAGGCCGUGGAUGGUGGACCCGAAUCACCGUUUGGGGCCCAGGCGUUUCCCCAGUUGCCGUCCCCGCGCCGUUCUCGUCGCAGAUCCCCAUAUGCGCAUGCAACGGCGCAAGAGGAGGACAGUGACGCAGUUACUGAAGGCUCCAACAGUGAGGAUGGCCUCGACGAUCCACGGAGUGUGCAUGACGAGGACUACUGCCCUCGGCACUCAAUAGCUCAGGGACCCAGCUCCGGAGACGAUUCCGAUGACGAAGAACGGCAUGGCUGCAAACGUCGCAGGGUAUCUCGAUCCGCUCACACCCGGAGCGCCCCCCAAAGACGACGGACAAGACGUACUGCAGCGUUGUUGAGAGGACAUCGAAGGCCUGCAUGCGGCAUGGACAGCCCCCCGUCAUUACAGGCAAGACCAACUGUCUCUGAGCGUCGAUUCGAGGAAUGGCCUCUUGGAAAUGCUUCAUUAAAGUGCGUCACUGAGGGCGACAAGAAAACCUUUCAAAUUCAGUUUGAAUGGAUCCCUGGUUCACCUGAUUCAUGCCAGCGACAUGCUGACAGAUCCGAGCCACUACCCAGGAAGAGCAGGGAACCACCUAAGGCUUCGCUUUUAGCUACAAGAUCAUCCGGUGGAAAGUGGACAUUAGAGGAAGACGAUAUUGUGCGCAAGAUGAGACAAAACGGCGAUUCUUGGGCCGAGAUUCAGUGCGCUCUUCCACACCGUUCUCAGGGCACGAUCCAAGUCCGGUACUCGACUAAACUCAAAUUCCUUCCUAGUUCGGAGUGA